GAGUAGGGAGGGAGUCUUUCAGUCCUCUAAAGGUUUAAAGCGUAGAAUGCUGAGGUCCUAGAGUGGCUGGGAAGCUCACACUGGAGAGGAGAAGAAAGAGAUGACCAGUGGUUAGAGCAGGAGGAGAGGAGGAGCUCCAGGUCUACUUUGAGGCAGUGGCCACAUAAAUUCCCCAAACAGAGUGGUAUCUUUUGGAUCCAGGCCAAGAGGGCUCCUUACAAGGACAUCAGGAUGGAGGAGGAUGUGAAAGAGGCUUCUCUGGGAGAUAAUGCGCAGAAGAGUGAGACCUAUCACAAGCCAGAUGUAGCAUCACAGGAAAUAAUUAAGCUUGUCAUAGAAAAAGAGGAAUUUGGAAAUCAAAAGGGACCAAAAAUGCAGAAAGGAAACCUAUCAAGGGACAGAAAGAACUUUCCUUCUCUGGAAGCUGAUGUUUCUGAACCCCUGAAUUCACAGGCAAAACAGAUCCAAUGUCCUGUCUGUGGGAAAAUAUGCAAAGAUACAUCACACUUCAAUGUACACUUCAGACUUCACACAGGAGAGAAACCGUACAAAUGCACAGAAUGUGGAAAGACUUUCCGUCAGAGUGGACAUCUUUAUUCACAUCAGAGAAGCCACGCAGGGGAAAAAUUACAUAGCUACAUGGAAUGCACAAAGAGUUUCAGUGAUUGUGACUCAUGUACUCAUCAUCAAAGGACUCACACAGGAGAGAAACGAUACAAAUGCAUAGAAUGUGGAAAGAGCUUCAGUAAUAGUGGACAUCUACAUUCACAUCAAGUAACUCAUACAAAGGAAAGACCAUAUACAUGUAUGGAAUGUGGAAAGAGCUUCGCUCGUAGUAAUAGUUUAUAUUCACAUCAAAGAAUACACACAGGGGAGAAACCAUAUCAGUGCAUGGAAUGUGGAAACAGCUUUAAUCAGACUUCAAAUCUAAAUUCUCAUCAAAGAACCCAUACAGGGGAGAAACCAUAUAAAUGCAUGGACUGUGGAAAGAGCUUCAGUGCAAGUGGACAUCUACGUUCACAUCAAAGAAUCCACACAGGGGAGAAACCUUAUAAAUGCAUGGAGUGUGGGAAAAGUUUCAGUCAGAGUGGAAAUUUACGCUCACAUCAAAGAACUCACAUAGAGGAUAAACCAUAUAAAUGCCUGGAAUGUGGAAUGAGUUUUAGUGCUACUGGACAUCUACGUUCACAUGAAAGAACCCACACAGGGGAGAAGCCAUAUAAAUGCAUGGAGUGUGGAAGAUGUUUCAGUCAGAGUGGAAAUCUACGCUCACAUCAAAGAACUCACAUAGAGGAGAAACCAUAUAAAUGCAUAGAAUGUGGAAAGAGUUACAGUCAAAGUGGACAUCUGCGUUCACAUCAAAGAACCCACACAGGGGAGAAACCAUAUAAAUGCAUGGAAUGUGGAAAGAGCUUCAGUGAUUACGGAGCUUGUGCUAAACAUCAAAUAACACACACAGGGGAGAAACCAUAUAAAUGCAUGGAAUGUGGAAAGAGGUUCUCUCGCGGUGACAGUUUACGUUCACACCAAAGAAGCCACACAGGGGAGAAACCAUAUAAAUGCAUGGAAUGUGGAAAGAGCUUCAGUGAUAGUGCAUGUUUACAUUCACAUCACAGAACCCACACAGGGGAGAAACCAUAUAAUUGCAUAGAAUGUGGAAAGAGUUUCAGUCAGAGUGGAAGUCUACGCUUACAUCAAAGAACGCACAUAGAUGAUAAACCAUAUAUAUGCAUAGAAUGUGGGAGAGGUUUCUCUCGUAGUCAAUAUUUACGUUCCCAUCAAAGAACCCACACGGGAGAGAAACCAUAUAAAUGUAUGGAAUGCGGAAAGAGCUUCAGUAAUUAUGGAACAUGUACUAAACAUCAAAGGACUCACACAGGGGAGAGACCAUAUAAAUGCAUGGAAUGUGGAAAGAGCUUCUCUCGUAGUGACAGUUUACAUUCACAUCAAAGAAUUCACACAGGGGAGAAACCAUAUAAAUGUGCGGAAUGUGGAAAGAGCUUUAGGCGGAUUGGACAUGUACAUUCACAUCAGAGAACCCACAGACGGGAUAAAGCUUUACUGAAAACAGGACAGACUACUUCUGCUGUGUUCCUUUGAUCAACAGAGGAUUUAAGUGUUAAUAAUAAUAAUAAUAAUAAUA